CUGUUUAUUUUCUUCAGUGUCAUAGAGGCGUUACACUCGGAGAAACUACGGCCACAGGCACGCGGGUGGACACGUAAGCUUGAGUGACGGAUUUCUGAUUAAAGUCAAGGUUGUCCAGCUAUCUACCCAGGAAGAAUAAUCUUUCCUAACAGGAUUUCACACAGAUCUGAACGAUGUGUAGUUUCAACUUGUUUGAAAUAUGAUGUCUGUACAAUACAGGGAUAAUCGGGAGUAAUGUGAAAGAAAACAACUACUUGUGUUUUAUCUAUAGCCUAUCUUAUAGAUAUUAUUUUGCCUUAAAGUGUUUUAGUCGGUAGUGCCGUAAAAUUUCUGAAACAAAAGUUGCAUAUCUUCAAGGUUAUCAAACGGUCGUAUUUUAAAACAGUACAUUAUUCACGUUUGGAAACGGGGACUAGAUACGGACUAUUGCUUCAACGCUCUUGUGGAAAGGAUGAUAUCUUGGGCAAUUUCUUCAAAUAAACACCCAUUAGUAAUUUUUCAUUAACUUAUUUCUCAAAAGUUGCAAGUGGAGCUAUUCACGCCUUGGAUUUGUGAGGUUUCAGCCACCUUUUGACUGACUGUUUGUUGGAAAUGAACCUGUGGUGUGAAAAAGACCGUUAAAUAACCGUUGGAAUUGUGCUCGAGCGUUCCGGAAAUUAUCUGCUUUAACGGCGGACGGACCGUAAUUGCUCACUGGUUGUUCGUAUGGGAUCUAUCAUGAUUUUACUGAAUAUUCUCAGCGUCCUGUUUAUACUGGAUGAGGUGGUACUUUCCAUGGCCAGCCAUUCUGCCUUGUCAGGGCUGGAAACUCACGGCUGGAGAGCCCCUAUGGACUGCCUGCGGGCCAGUGAGGUGUGCAACCAAAACUCACAGUGCAGCUCACGCUUUCGCAUCAUGCGCCAGUGCCUGGUAGGUCGUGACCGGACCACCAUGCUAGCUAACAGGGAGUGUCAGGCAGCCCUUGAGGUGCUGCAGGACAGCCCCCUGUACGACUGCCGCUGCAAGAGGGGCAUGAAGAGGGAGCUCCAAUGUCUGCAGAGCUACUGGAGCAUUCAUAUGGGUCUUAAUGAAGGAGAAGAAUUGUAUGAAACAUCCCCAUAUGAGCCAAUGCAUCUCUCUGAUGAGUUCCGACUUGCCUCCAUUAUUUCUGCCAUGGACUCAGCUUCUGCUAAAGAGAAUCCGUGCUCUGACACCGGCAAGCCUUGUAACCCUUGCCUGGAUGCUGCGAAGGCCUGCAACCUUAACGACACCUGCAAGAGGCAGCGUGCAAUGUAUAUGGCCACCUGCAACCGUGCAAUUCCCAUACAACAAGCUCAGGAACCCUGCAACCGGAAGCGCUGCCAUAAGGCUCUGCGGCAGUUCUUCGACCGUGUCCAGACGGAAUUCAGCUACCCAUUGCUCUUCUGCUCCUGUCGGGAUAAAGCAUGUGCUGAGCGUCGGCGGCAAACCAUCAUGCCCGCCUGCUCUUUCGAGGAGAAGGCAAAGCCCAACUGCCUUGAAUUGAGAAGGACCUGCCGCUCAGAUCCGCUCUGCAGAUCCAGACUGGCAGACUUCCACAUGAAUUGCCAGACGACACCGCAUUCAAUAACAAGUUGUCCUAAUGAUAACUACCACGGCUGUCUGGUGUCCUAUGUUGGACUCAUUGGUUCAGAUGUGACUCCUAACUACAUGGAUGCCAGCCACACCAACAUAACCAUCUCCCCUUGGUGUGGCUGUCGAGGCAGUGGAAAUCAUGAAGCUGAGUGUGAGGCCUUCCUCCGUGACUUCAGAGAGAACACUUGCCUGAGAAAUGCAAUCCAGGCGUUUGGUUAUGGUACGGAUGCGGGUCUUGUUCCCAUCACUGAGUCUCAUUCAGCAGCACCAUCAGUAAGAACCAAUCUGCAGCCGGCUAUCAUCACCAAGCAUGUCAUCAACUCAAAUGAUGUGAAGCCAAUAGACAGUGCAUGCGUUUUCUCCACAUGCGCUGACCUGCAGGACAGUGAGCAGAAGUGUUCUCCCUCCAACAGUUUUGAAUGUGCUGAUGAGCAGAAUGUGCUAAAUCCCAAAAUGGAGGGAUCCAUUGACUCAGUGGACUCUCAGCAGGCAGACAACAACUGUGCCAGACAUUCAUCUGUGACUUCAAUCAGUGUUUCAGCUGCCACAGUGACGCUGGCCUUUGCACUGGUCAGUCAAGUUCUGUAAACACAGCCUGACUCCACAACACCAGGAAUUAUCUGAUGGAAUCUUCUGACCUCAAUCAAAAGUGACAUUGAUCUCUCUCUCUCUCUAUUAGUGUGUGUGUGUAUGUGUGUAUCACACGCCAUCUUUAAAAACAAGUCAAAACAACAAAUCCAUUGGAGGAGUUUCCAAAAAACUGCUUGUAACACCAGUGCCCCAUCAAAGAGAGACUAAGGAAGCCACCAGUGGUUUGGAACUGAUAUGGAAGUUGUGAAGCUGACAGUUCAACAAUGAGAACUAGUAUAAAGAGAAAGACAAAAAGAGAGCUUCUAUAAACUCAGUGGAAUUCUUCUCUUGCAAGGAAGGAAGUAGCCAUGUGCUCUAAUGUGAUGUCUGACAGUUGAUUGAGAACAUGCUUCAAAAUGCAGCCAUGCAUUGCAGCAAAGACGGACAAUCUUUUGAUUGCUUUCAGUGACCCUUUGAUAAACUCUCUGUAUAUUUACCUUGAGAUCAGAUAUAGAAUAUCUAUUUAAAGGGUUUGUUCACCUUAAUAUUUAAAUUCUGUCAUCAUCUACUCACCCUUAUGUUGUUCCAAACCCAUAUAACAUUAUCUCUUCUGUGGAAUACAGACAUAAAUUUUGUUGUCACUCUUUUCCAUGUAGUUACAAUGAAUGGGGACUAAAGCUUGCAAAUGUCAAAAAUGAUGCCCAAGAUUUAUUCCAGUAUCAUAAAAGUGGUCAUUUUGACUUGUGUGCUAUAUUCCAAGUCUUCCAAGUCAUACAAUAGCUUUGUAUGAGAAACAGACAAAAUUUAAGUUGUUAUUCAUUGAUAAUUGAACUCUCCAGGGAGCUUUUAACCGUUGCAAUUGUAUCACUGAGUUAGUGAGUUAAACUUGAGAACUGGAUCAAUAGUGAACAAAUAAUUCUGUUUUUUUAUGAACUGAAUCAACCAAUUUGUUGAAAAGAUCACUGAAUUUUUUACGGAUUGGACAUUGUUACUUCUCUCAAGAAUGCACAAAAGAGAGCUAGGGCAGAUGUCAAGUUUUUUCAUAAACAGUGACAUUAAAUUUGGUCUGAUCUUUACACCAUGCAAUCAGAAGGCUUAUGAAGAUGUAUAUUUAUAAUGCAGGAGUCGUAUAGACUACAUUUAUGACACUUUUAUGAUGCUUUUGAAGCUUGGAAUCUCUAGUCCCCAUUCUCUGUAUUUGCAUGGGAUAAAAACACCCAGUACAUUCUCCAGAAAUUUUCCUUUUGUGUUCCACGAAAGAAAAUCAUAUGCAGUUGGCACAACAUGAAGAUGAGGGAUAUGAGUGACAGAUUUUCGAUUCUGGGUGAACUAGUCCUUUAAAAAAAACAAACAAAAAAAAACAUUCUUCGCUAUUCCUCUGUGCACAUCAGUUCAAUAGUGCCCACUGCAUUGGUCAUUACAAAUAAUUUCAUGUAAAUGUUUUUGUUUGAAGAAGGGAAAAAAAAAUAGAUCACAUGGAUUACGUGAACUUUUUCAUUUUUAGAAAUACUUUUCAUCCAACAAGGAUUUAUCCACGACCGUUUUUAAAAUUGACGAAAAUUGGACCAUAUUGAAUUGGCCAUAAUGCCCUGUGUACAAUGUGUAUAAUGAUGUUUGUAAGUAUAUGAGAUUCCUUGAGAAAAUGUUGAGCUUUUUUCCUGUUUCAUCUCUGAAGAACGAAGCAUGUGCUGGAAAGCAGGGAGAUGCAUGGAAUUAGAACAAAAAGGGAGUGCCAUGUGAAACGUAUCGCCAUGGAGAGCUGUCAGUGCUCAUGAUGUUCGUCUUAGGCUGUUAUUAUGUGUAAUCAUUUCUUUCUUGCAAAAAGACUUGGAUUAUAGUCAAAGAAAAGUUUUCCAGGGAGAACGGAACAAAAGAUCCAUUUGCGGAGAGGGUCAAUUGUUGGUGUAUUUUAUAGUGUGCAAUCUAUCGUGUGGCCUUACUUUUUUGUCUCUGCUAUGUUGCUCCCUCUUAUGUAAUGAUCUGACACUGUACCACUUGCUGAGUGCCACCAAGGCUGACUGAGAUGAUUUCAGACGUUCAAAAAUAGCAGCUCCUAUUACUCAAAAAUGUCUUGGUUCAUUUGUGAUGCUUUAAAAUGAAGCAAGACUGAAGCUCAAGAAUGUGUCAGAAAUAUUUGUCUAAAUCCUAAUAAAAAACGUCUUAGUUAUGUCUUUAA